AUGGAGGCCCGCCUCCCACAAGACAAGCUCGCUCGUGCCAAACAGGCCCUCCAUCAGUGGUCCCUUAAAAAAUCAGCAACCCUCCGAGAACUUCAAUCCCUAAUAGGCACUCCCCAAUUCGCAUGCCGGGUGAUUGCCCCAGGUCCUCCCUUCCUCCAACGUAUCAUCCACCUUACUAUGGGUACCCAUCCCCCCCACUGGCACAUCAAACUCAAUGCUGGUUUCCGUAAGGACAUCAAGAUGUGGGUUGAUUUCCUAGAACACUGGAAUGGGGUAAGCAUUUUUCUUGAUUCCCAUGUCUCCAAAACCCCCGACCUCCAACUUUUCACAGAUGCCUCUGGGUCCAUAGGCUAUAGAGGGUUCCUAGACGGGCUAUGGUUCCAGGGUCACUGGCUACCAGAACACACCCUCAACAAAAACCGGGGCAUCAGUAUCGAAUGGCAGGAGUUAUUCCCCAUUUACCUGGCAUGUGUCCUGUGGGGCCCCACCUGGUCGGGGAAGCGUAUCCUAAUGUGGUACGGCAAUCAGUCAGUGGUAGCCAUCCUCAACUCCAAACACUGCAAGUCUCCCCGGAUAAUGGACCUUGUCCGCAGCAUCACCCUCCUUACCCUCAGUAAUAACUUUACUAUUAGCGCUACCCACAUACCUGGGCUGGAUAAUGCUAUUGCUGACUCCCUUUCCCGUUUUCAGAUGGAUCGUUUCGGAGCCCUGGCUCCCACAGCCUCUCUCACUCCCUGCGUCAUCCCUUCAUCAGCGAUGCUCAUCUGA